AUGUUUUCCUGUAUCUAGCCUUCAAAUUUGUACUACUACAACUACAAAAUAAAUUUUUCGUGAGAAUAGUUCUGAUUUAACUCUUCAAAAAUGUGUGACAUAAAGACAAAUUUCGUGACCCAUGAUCUGGUGCAUAAUCUGCGUUGCAACAAACGCGGUCCAAGGAUAAGGCACGACAUGAAGAAGACGAGGACCUGGCCAGGAGCCCGUUUUAUGUGCGUUUGCAAGGACGGCGAUUUGAACACGGCCGCCUAUUGCUUGGCCGAGUUGAUGCACGAGCCCUUCCAGCCCUUUCCCAUGGCCACGGUGGCGGUGCACCAUUCGAUCCGGGAUGAGUUCAUCGAGAUGGUGAGGAGUCGCUUCCGGCAGCUGAAGCCACAUGUGGCCAACCAUCCGAACUUCGUGAGGGCCGUGCAGGAGUUGAAACACGGCGUGCGACCUGUGAAAUACGUCCUGGCCGAUGUGGCCGAUGCGCCGGCCUGUGCCAGUCCCAUUUUGGUCACGGAUAACGUGACCCAUUUGUUUUUUCCCAGCGGACCUUCGGGCUGCACCACCCUGCACUCCUUCCAAAAUAUGCGCCAUUUGGCGGAGAUCUUUGGCGCGGAGACCCCGACCUUCGAUGCGGUCUACUUCUUUGACGAGGGCAUCUCAGCUGUCUACACUCUGGCCAAGAUGAUCAAGUGCGUGCAGUUCUUUGUGAACUGCAUGGAUGCCUGUCUGCUGGAAAUCAUGCCCUACUACAUGAACCACACACCCAUGGUGAUCUUCAAGAGGGGCUAUCACUACGAGACCCUGGAACUCGGUCAGCAGUGGAAGAUCAUCGUCUUUCCCUAUAGCUCUUCGAUCCUGAGGCAGUGCUGCUGCCCCACUGGCCACUGUCGCUGCUAUGCCACCCAUUCGGCCUGCUGCGAAGACCACUUGCACACUUAGGGAUGGUGGGAGGUACUGCCUCCCUUUCGGGCACCAAACCCACCUACCAACUAAUAAUUUCGACUUGGAACUCCAUCUUGGCAAAGGAAAUCCAAACUACCACCGUCUGUUCUUAGACUGCCGGCGUCGCUCCAGAAAUCCGCAGUUCCAAUGAGUAGUUUGCGACUGGCAACACAUGUGAGCCAUAAUUUUCGCGGUACUUGCCUCUUGGAUUGCCGGCAAAGUGGAUAUUGGCUAAGAGAGAUUAAUUUUUCUUUACAAAAUUUAUAUCGCUCUAAAUCCACAAUUGAAAUUUGAAUUGUAAAUAUAAAGGGAUUUAUCAGAGAUUUUAUAUUUACAUAAAUCCUAACUAGUCAUUGGAGAAUUUAAAUUGGAGAAUUUAUUGUUUGGAUUUUAAGUAAUAAAUUCAUAAAGUAGGUGUUUUUAAAAAAA